AUGGCAGCCACAAACCUGGAGAACCAGUUACACAGCGCACAGAAGAACCUCUUGUUCCUUCAGCGGGAGCACGCCAGCACGCUCAAGGGGCUGCACGCGGAGAUCAGGCGGCUGCAGCAACACUGCACAGAUUUAACGUAUGAGCUGACAGUCAAGAGUUCGGAUCAGACAGGGGACGGAGCUUCCAGAAGCAGUGAACUCAAGAAAAGAUGUGAAGACCUGGAGGCGCAGCUGAAACUGAAGGAGGACGAGAACGCAGAGUUGCUAAAGGAGCUGGAGCAGAAGAAUGCGAUGAUCACCGUGCUGGAGAACACCAUCAAGGAGCGCGAGCGCAAGUACCUGGAGGAGCUGAAGGUCAAGAGCCACAAGCUGGGUGUGCUGACCAGCGAGCUGGAGCAGCGCGCCGGCACCAUCGCCUACCUGACCUCGCAGCUGCACGCCACCAAGAGGAAGCUCCUGAGCUCGGGCGGCACCUCGGACGGCAGCCCGGCCGGCAGCCCCGCGGUGGCCAGCUACAAGCCGGCGCCGCCCAAGGACAGGCUGCCCGAGACGCCCCGGCGCCGCAUGAAGAAGAGCCUCUCGGCCCCGCUGCACCCGGAGUUCGAGGAGGUCUACAGAUUCGGGGCCGAGAGCCGGAAACUGCUGCUGCGGGAGCCGGUGGACGCCAUGCCAGACCCCACCCCGUUUCUGCUGGCCAGGGAGUCGGCCGAGGUCCACCUGAUUAAGGAGCGGCCCCUCGUCAUCCCCCCCAUCGCCUCGGACCGCAGCGCCGGCGAGCAGCCCAGCCCCGCGCGGGAGAAGCCGCACAAGGCGCACGUGGGAGUGGCGCACCGCAUCCACCACGUGGCCCCAGCGCAGGCCCCGCCCGAGGUGGAGACGCUGGCGGUGGACCAGGUGAACGGAGGCAAGGUGGUCAGGAAGCACUCAGGGACGGACAGAACUGUGUGA